AUGCCCCCACCACACCAUGUCCCCCACCACACCAUGCCCCCACCACACCAUGCCCCCACCACACCAUGUAUCCACCACACCAUGCCCCCAACACACCAUGCCCCCAACACACCAUGCCCCCACCACACCAUGGCCCCACCACACCAUGCCCCCACCACACCAUGCCCCCAACACACCAUGCCUCCACCACACCAUGCCCCCAACACACCAUGCCCCCACCACACCAUGCCCCCAACACACCAUGCCCCCACCACACCAUGCCCCCAACACACCAUGCCUCCACCACACCAUGCCCCCAACACACCAUGCCCCCACCACACCAUACCCCCAACACACCAUGCCCCCAACACAGCAUGCCCCCACCACACCAUGCCCCCAACACACCAUGCCCCCACCACACCAUGCCCCCAACACACCAUGCCUCCACCACACCAUGCCCCCAACACACCAUGCCCCCACCACACCAUACCCCCAACACACCAUGCCCCCAACACAGCAUGCCCCCACCACACCAUGCCCCCAACACACCAUGCCCCCACCACACCAUGCCCCCAACACACCAUGCCCCCAACACACCAUGCCCCCACCACACCAUGCCCCCACCACACUAUGCCCCCACCACACUAUGUCCCUACCACACCAUGCCCCCACCACACCAUGCCCCCACCACACCAUGCCCCCACCACACUAUGUCCCCGCCCACACCAUGUCCCCACCACACCAUGUCCACCACCACACCAUGCCCCCACCACACCAUGCCCCCACCACACCAUGCCCCCACCACAUCAUGCCCCCACCACAUCAUGUCCUCACCACACCAUGCCCCCACCACACCAUGCCCCCACCACACCAUGCCCCCACCACACCAAGCCCCUAGAACACCAUGCCCCCACCACACCAAGCCCCCAGAACACCAUGCCCCCACCACGUCAUGCCCCCACCACACCAUGCCCCCACCACACCAAGCCCCCAGAACACCAUGCCCCCACCACACCAAGCCCCCAGAACACCAUGCCCCCACCACGUCAUGCCCCCACCACACCAUGCCCCCACCACACCAUGUCCCCACCACACCAUGUCCCCACCCACACCAUGCCCCCACCACACCAUGCACCCACCACAUCAUGCCCCCACCAUGUCAUGCCCCCACCACACCAUGCCCCCACCACACCAUGUCCCCACCCACACCAUGCCCCCACCACACCAUGCCCCCACCACACCAUGUCCCCCACCACACCAUGCCCCCACCACACCAUGCCCCCACCACACCAUGUCCCCCACCACACCACACCAUGCCCCCCACCACACCAUGCCCCCCACCACACCAUGCCCCCCACCACACCAUGCCCCCCACCACACCAUGUCCCCCACCACACCAUGCCCCCCACCACACCAUGUCCCCCACCACACCAUGUCCCCCACCACACCAUGUCCCCACCACACCAUGUCCCCCACCACACCAUGUCCCCCACCACACCAUGCCCCCCACCACACCAUGCCACCACCACACCAUGCCCCCACCACACCAUGCCCCCACCACACCAUGCCCCCACCCACCAUACCCCCCACCACACAAUGCCCCACUGUAUAAACAAACCUGUCUCUAAGGCAACGCCAACUUAG